GCGACAAUAUUUUUAGACACUUUCAUCACGUGAGCAUCAAACAAAAACUGCUCAUGCGCAUAUUUUGCUUCCGUCACUGAUAAUCAAUAGAAGAGCGCGCAUGUAGCGGCAAACAGUAACAAAAUGGCUACCCUGGCGCACAGUAAGGAUUCUGAGUACGAGGAAGGAAUAUAGAUCGCAACAAGGAUAUUUCCGAAUGUCAACAGAAAAAAACGAUAAUGACGGGGAAAGAGGAAUAUUGCUAGCACUGUAAAGGAAAUCUAAAUAGUGCGCCUAUUCGUGAAAGAACUUGUGAUGUUGACGACCAGUGAAUAGUUCUUUUGUACAAAGUACAACUGGCAUUAUAAAUAUGGAACAUUUUAAUGGGUCAUUUAGCUAUUUGGAUAUUUUGGCAAAGUUGGAUCUGCGGCUUCAGAAUGUAUCAUUAAAUACUUCUUUGUUUCCAAAAGUGGAUAUUUAUGAAGUACCUACAUUUGUUGUUGUUCUUCUUGCCAUACUGUAUGGCUGUAUAUCAGUCAUUGCUAUUAUUGGGAACGGUUUGGUGAUUGUCGUCAUAGCGAAGGAUAAACGAAUGCAAACGGUUACAAACAUAUUCAUAGCAAACUUAGCAUUUGCAGACGUUAUAAUUGGAGUGUUCACCAUUCCUUUCCAGUUUCAUCCAGCGUUACAUCAAAGAUGGGAUUUCCCAGACUUCCUGUGUAAAUUAGCGCCAUCAGUAAAAGUGCUAUCAGUCAGUGUUAGUGUUGUAACAUUAACCAUUAUUUCUUUAGACAGAUAUGUUGCCGUUAUGUAUCCAUUAAAAGCUGGCUUCUCAAAAGGUUCGGCUGUGUUGUGCUUACUAAUUAUCUGGGGUCUUGGGCUGGGUUCGUGUUUUCCAGAAGGGUAUUACUAUUCAGUUCACUUAGUGCUUAAUGCAAACGUUCUGAAAUUUCAGCCAUACUGUGAGGCAAUUUGGCCAACUGAAAACUUUGGAAAGUACUACCACUUUUAUCUUUUAUUGGUGCAAUAUUUGUUUCCAUUGCUGGUUAUAAACCUAUCCUACAUAAGAAUCUCGUGCAAGAUUUGGGGAACAAAGCCACCAGGAAACACCGUGGAUAGAGGUGACAGAGAUACCAUAAGGCAGCGAAAUAAGAAGAAGGUUGUGAAAAUGCUCAUCAUUGUGGUCUUGUUGUUCGUUAUUUGUUGGAUGCCACUUCAGCUCUACAGCCUUAUAUCUGAGAUACACCCACAAAUAAAUGAGUAUAAAUACAUCAACAUUGUUUGGUUCUGCUCAAACUGGUUGGCAAUGAGUAACUCGUGUUACAAUCCUUUCAUAUAUGGCCUUCUCAACGAGAAAUUUAAGCGAGAGUAUCGUCUAAUGUUUUCAAAAACAAGAUGCCUGAGAAAACAUUCCGCUGAGAACAAUUCGUCACUCUUCGGAAACGACGGUUCAAACUAUGUCAACAUGUACAGCGCCAAACGUAUAACCCUAACGUUCAGGCCAAGCAAUAGUCUCCACGGGACUCCAUGCAUUCAUCAUCAAACGCCAAAUCACCGUUGUAGCCGAAGGAAUGGAUACGUGACAUUUGUUGCUCGGGGUAAUGCAGAAGACUCCUUCUAGGAGAACUGAACACUCUUUCACUGAGGUGUUAUCAACCUCUUUUUGUGAAAGAAGAGGAUUUUCUGUACCACAUCACCUUUUAGUUUGUCUGUUGUGAUUGGGUUGACUGGAAAUUAGGGUGGCCCGUUAAUCUAGAAGUACAAACUCGACUGCCAAUCCAGAAGUCUGGGUUUCGAAUCCCGGCCAAGGCACUGGGCAUUUCUGAGGUCUCUCGAUUUUGCUCGAACCAAGUUAGAAAGAUGGUUUAGCUUGUGUUUCUGCUGUACGCCGGAGCAAGGCAAGUUUUAAAAAACCGGACAUGCCUGUAUCUAAAAGAUUUCACUCUCUUUGUUCUCGGUCAUGUAGUUUGACGUAUCUGUACUUUUAUAUAAUGAAUCAUGCGCUCUGAAUGGCUGCUCUUGUCUGUAAAUAACCUUUGAAAGUGGCGUGUUUGUCAUGAAACGAGUAUUAUAAAUAUAAAUACAGUGCAUUCGCGAUGCUACGAAUCGCAAUUUAACAGAACAGAACAGAACAGAACAGAAAAUUUAUUUGACUUAAGUACAAGACUCAGACUCAUCGUCAUAACAAACAUAUUAUAAUAUAGCAAUACAUCCAAUGAGAUAUUAACAAAUGGAUAAAGUAGUUUGAGUCAAGGGUAUAUAGGAUUUUUAACAUUCAACACAGCAUAAUAAUUCAAAUACCUAGAGAGUGUCGCUACAAAGAUAACCAGUGUAAAAAGUACAUUUUUUCUUUCUUUAUUAUUAACGAAAUACCGGUAUACUACGAAAAGGUGCUGUGGUCCCGGCUGCUUUCCUUCUUAUUUCUAUGUAACAAAGUCGCGGUUUUACGAAAAUGCAAUUUUACGAAAAAUGCGCUCCUACGAAUGUAUUGUUAUCCCCUUCAAGCCUGUUUUCAAAUUGUUUUAGUUGCGAUUUUACGAAUGUAUCGUCUAAGUUUUCACACCUUCCAUAACGGCGUGAAAAUGCUUUAGAGUGGAAAGUGUCACUAUCCUUUAGCUGGGCAGUGAUUAAACAGUGAUUAAAAUGCGAAAACUUAGUAAUUAAAUUCAAAACACAUACGCUGUACACUAUGACACAAGUUAGUUAUUCUCCUAUAACGUCCGAUCGGAUGGCACACAAGACACACUUGCUUCAAUAUCUAUAGGUCUCAAAGAAUCACUGCAUAAAGAAAAUAAAACAAUAUUUAAGGCCUGAUCGUCUGCAUAUUGUUGUUUUAUUAUACCAAAGAAUUCAGUAAAGGGUAUCCGAGGGUAUCGGAAUAUGCAACUGCGAUUUUUUUCCUCGUGCAAUAAUUUACCCUGUAUAUGUUUUAUGUACAGUGAAUAAAAAGUGAAGAAACAAAAACUCGUUCUACAUUCUACAUACCAUCUGAGUUUAGAUUUGUAGUAAACCCAGAUGUACAUAUAAAAUUGGUAUACAUAUACUCCGAUACGAAAAUCACAUGUAUUAAUAUCACGAGUUACGACGUGAAGAUAUUAAGGUGCUGUAUAGCGGAAUUUCCUAUGUUACGCUCGAACGAAAAUGCGAUAUUACGAAAACAACGGCCGGUCCCUUGGCUUUUUGUAGGAUCGCGAUUGUACUGUAGUGUUAAAACUUACUUUGUUUUUUUUUUUUGGUGAAAUUGUUGUUGAACAUGCAUUCUCGUCUGAAAAUUGUCUGAUGCAUUGUGCUGGUGACUUGUUCGUAUAAAUUCUCUCUGUCUAUAAUGAAUUAUAUUGCGAAGUUGUAUCUUGGCGGAUUUUACGUAUUGAAAAGCAAAUUGUUAUGAAAUGUUUCCAUUAUUGCAUACAAUCUUUUUACUUUUUUUUGUAUCAUCGUGAUUCUUUUAUCAAAAUAUAGCUUGUUAAAUGUAUAGCUUUGAGAGAAACUAGAUAUUUUACUGCAUGUGAUUUUGUGUUGUACUUAGAUUUUAUAUUUACAUUUACUAUGUAUUUUUAUAGACAGAGAAAUAAAACGCAUUUUCUUUCUUAUAUCGUAUAAACAAUAUUUGCGCAGUACUAUCAAUGACAACCCUUUUCGCGAAAUUGUACGUGCGAUCUAACUUUGUUGACAAAGCGUAAAUAGAAUGUCAUCAUUCUGAAAAACAAUAUAAUGUGAAAAAAGGAAAUUAAGUAAUUAAGAAACUUAUUUCACUCACAGGAGAGAUCGAAAAUAAAUUGACACGACUAUACAAUUUUCACAUGAUUUAAUAAGGAUUUUAGGGAACUGUAUUUUUAUAGGAAGAUGAAUUACAACUAAACGCGGGCAGAACAUUUUGGCUGCUGUAUCAUGUUAUUGUUAAGAUCAAUUGAAUGAAUUUCUUUUUACAAAGAAACCGCAUACCCUGUUUGAAAGUCAGCCACAAUAAAAUGAAGUUUUAAGGUUUAAUUAUUAAUUGUGUAUUUAUUCGGGUGUGAAAUACAUUACUUUUGGCAAAUCAUCAAAGAACCGCUAGCGCGAUUCAUGAUAUUGCCAGAAAUCCAACUAGUGUUUAUACCCGUUCCCAUUUAAACGCAAAAAGACCCCACUCAAUCCUUGAAGGAUUAUGGUCAAAACGUACCCAAACCAAUAUGUACCAACAUAGUAAAGUCAAAAUGUACCAAAAUGUACCCACAAUGUUUGGUCUAAAUGUAACAACUUUAAAAACGUUAAAUGUACCCAUAAAUUCCAAGUAAUAUAAAUAAGACUUUAAAUGUAAGGUUUUAGUUCAAUGAUACAGAGUUUAAAACUUAAUUUUCACACCUUCAGCAACUAAGCAGAUGCACACUUGACAACAAAAAGUAAUUAUUGUAAAAGUCAUUAGUCAUUUUUUCAAGUCACACCUAAUUUAAUUAUCAAGAUGACUUUCUUUACGUUUUUAAGAUCCUCACUCCUUGUGCUGUACUAAAUACUAAAUAUAAUUGUUGUGUACUGUCAUUUAUUUGUUAUUCAAAAUUCAAUAACAUGAGUCCGUUUUAAACUUAGUGUGGAUCGAGAGCUGUCCUACUCGACCCGGCAUCAGCGUCCUUCCGCGUCCGCACCUUGGUUAAAGUUUUGAUUCACUUUCUGUUUAUCUCCUUAAUUACUUGGUGAAUUUGUUUCAAACUUAAAAUAUUUAUUCCUCAUCACCCCGUCAUCAUAUGGCACAAGGGCCACAAUUCUCACACCAAUAUUUCAUGAAUUAUCCCCUUUUCUACUUAGAAUUUCAGGUUAAAGUUUUGAUGCACUUUCCCUAUAUCUCAGUUAUUCCUAAAUUGAUUUGAUUCAAACUGAAAGUAGUUGUCCCACAUCAUAAGACACAAGGCCCAUAACUCUGUUACCAAUAUAUAAUGAAUUAUCCCCCUCUUUACUUAGAAUUUCAGGUUAAAUUUUUGAUGCACUUUCACCCUAUCUCAGUUAUUACUAAAUAAUUCAAACUUAAAACAGUUGUUCCACCUUAUCACUCACAUCAUAUUACGCAAGGUGCAUAACUUUGGCACCACUUUUUAUUGAAUUAUUGAAUUGAAGGUUAAUUUUGAUGCAUUUUUACUAUAUCUCAGUUAUAACCAAAUGGAUCUGAUUCAGACUUGAAGUAGUUGUUCCACAUCAUCACCCACAUCAUAUGACACAAGGUGCAUAACUCUUGCACCAAUAUUCUAUGAAUUAUGCCCCCUUUUUGCUAAGACUUAUACUUGCAUAUAGUUUUGAUACACUUUAUCUUUACCUCUCUUAUUUCUUAAUAUUUUGACAUAGACUCAAGCUAUUGUGCAAAUAUCUUAAUCCACCAUUGGAGCCAUUAAACACUCCAGUGACAGCUCCAGCCUCCUCAGAUGUGCCCAGAUUCACUAUCAAGCAUCGAAAUAGUCGAGAGCGCUGUCUCCUGUGACAGCUUUUUUCUCCCAACUUUGUUUGAUAAAUAUGCAAGUGCAGCUAUCAUUUUAUAAAUCAGAAAUCUGUCCUCAUCUUGGUAGAAGUGAACAUGUUGAAAAAUUUCACCUAAACGGUUGGCGUGUAGCUUUAAAUGUAUUUUUAUUUUGAUAAUAAUUUAUAAAUAAAUGAUCAAUAUUUAUAUGGGUACAUUUUGAUUCUGGUAAAAGAAAAACAUGGAUACAUUUUUAAUUCUAAUAAAAAACAUUGGUACAUUUUGUCUUCUUGUCGGUAUAUUUUGACUUUAUAUUUUUGGGUACAUUUUGGUUUGGAUACGUUUUGACCUGCACCCUCCUAAAAUGUCUUCUCAAAUGUUAGAAGACAGAUGUUGUCUAAGCAACAAAGGUCAUAUUAAAACGUGACAAAAAAGUAAACAUGUUCCUGAAAAUGAAUUAAUUACUAUACAGUUAAUGUUUGCUUCGUCAUUUUACAUUUUUGAAAUAUUAUUCACUUUGCAACACAUCAUGUGUAAGCUAAGAAUAUCUCUUUAAGGAUAUCUUUAGAUAAACAAAGCGAAAAUAAAUGAUUGGAGUAGUCCUUUUUAAUAAAAGAUAUAUAAGAAUACGACUUUUAUUGUAAAAUGUGUUUACUUUUUGUGUACUUGAAGUAUGCAUACAUGUUUGUAGAAGCACUUUGUUCCCAUAGUUUUCAUGGCCUGUGACUUUAAUACCUCAGUAAUUGCUUACUGUUAAUAACCAUUUUUGGAAUUUAAUAAAAAUAAGAUAUUUGACUGAAAAUAUUGCUUAAAGCUAGUUUUCUUUUUAUUCCUUUUGCUUUCAUCUGUAUUAUACCGCUGACUUUUUAAGUUAGUGUUUGCGUGUUUACAUUUUGAACUAGAUUAUAUUAUUGUCGUUGAUUAUAAUUUUAAAUAGGCAUGCAAACUUGGUCAUGUUUUGAAAACAUUUAUAUAGAAGUGAUUUGAGAGUUAGGAUAUUGCUAUAUUCAAUAUUUAAUAUGUUGUUAUUGGCUCUUACAGAUCAAACAUUUUGUCUUGUACGUCAGCGUAUUAUUCCAUGAAAUAUAUUCAAGGAAGUCGACAAAUUUAUGUUGUGUAAGCUUAAAAUAUUUGAUUCAUAUACAUUAAAAAAUUUAA